AAGGCAACAAAGCUCGACGGUGUUUUGACGACAGUCUGUCUGUAAUAAGUCUGUCAACCCAUCGUGAAGGACAGAGAUUUUGCGAAGUGGGUUGACGGAUCGAAGCGAUGCAGGAAGUCUCUUCUGCAUGGACAUUUUGUGAAGUGGGCUGAUGAAUCGAAGUGUUGGAGGAAGCCUCUUAUGAAUAGAACAGAAGCGAUGGUUUUUUUUGUGAUGUGUAGAUGAUUGGGUUUAUGGUUCCAAAGGAAAUAUGGUGACCGGGAUGAAGGGCAGCAACAGGAAGUGGGGGCUCUUCCGUUACCUCGUCGUACCUGCAUUUCUCUUGCUCUUCUUCUCAUUCACGCUUUCACCGUCGCCUUUUGAGCUUCCCAACCCGCAGGACAAUGGAUUUCAUGCGAAUCCUACGGUCUCAUUUGUAGGCGAGGCGUCUGAGAGCCCUGUGCAGGCUCUGAUUGGUGCUAUUCGGAGCGCUACAACAUUUAGUAAUGUCAGCUUCAACGAUGCCGAUGCCAAGAUAUGGAGGUCUCACAAUUCGUGCGCGGCCCGGACCGAGUUGGGCCCACGCUAUGCACGCAAACCCCAUACAAAACCUUUGGAUCCAAACCCUCAAUGGGAUUUGGUGCUAGAGGAAUACGCUGCUCUCCAUCGUACUUGCAUGAGAAGCAUCGGAGACAUCACGGAAUUUUUUCGGACCGGAACUGCAACCUCCAGCUGCAAGUUCUUGAUCAUGGAACUUGGAGGUGUUGGUUUGGGGAAUAAGGUUUCUCUUUUGACUUCGGCAGUACUCUAUGCUGUCCUAACACAACGAGUCAUACUAAUAAACACCUGGUCCCUCAUUUCAUCGACGAUGUGUGAGCCCUUUUUGGGUUCGAGCUGGCUUCUUGAUCAACGCUUUCCUCUUCCUGGGCGCCAUGGCCCGGAGUCCACCUUUCUAGGAAGAUUGACUGGAUUGGAGGAUCCUGUCUGGAAGUCUAGCAGAUAUUUUGAAAAAGGUGUCGAUGCCACAAAACGUGGCAAGUAUGUCCCAACACCUUCAGCAAUGAAAGUAGAGUUCUCAGACCCUGAAGUGACGAGAUUUUAUUGCGACACGGAGCAGGCAUUCUUAGCAGAGGCAACGUGGUUACAUUUCACCGGUUGUCUCUAUUUUCUUCCGAAGCUUUUCGCGGUUCCUGCAUUUCGGCCUGCUCUGGAGGCUCUGUUCCCCGAUCCAUCACUCACUUUUACAUACUUACUGCGGAGUCUGAUGCUACCCAGAGAUAACGUAUGGCAGCAAGUGAAAGAGCACGACAUUGCCCUAUUCGCCAAUGUUGAUACUCGUGUCGGUAUACAGGUACGAUUCCUUUACGGUCGGAAAGUGUAUUUCGAAAGGGCCAGUAAGAGAGCAAAUAAGCACGUGAAGCAAUGUAUAUCUGAAAACAAUAUUCUCCCAGGCGCUGUCCGUGAGGAUGAGCGAGGAAUCGGAAGCCGUACCGCUCGAUCUGGUCAAGUGAUACGGGUAUUUGUGACCUCUCUCCACACAGCUCUCAGUGAAGAGCUUCUGAGGAUGUACGAUAAGCAAGAGACCACUACAGGGGAGACCGUGAUGGUUACACAGCUGACCCACCGAGGGAAACAAGGAUUUGGUUCAGAUGACGACGUCAUGGCAAUGAUAGAAAUCCUGUUGUUGAGCUUUGUGGACAAGCUUCUUAUUACCCCAUUGUCCACAUUCGGAGGUCUAGCGCAGGCUUAUGGAGCCAUCAUUCCUUGGUUUGUUGAAAUGAAAAAGAAUUCCGUUUCAUGUACCCGCGCACAGACUCCAGAUCUCUGCUAUCAGAUGGCUUACGCUUAUUAUGAUUGUCCACAUGAACGUAAUAUUCAUCGGGGGAAGAUUCAGAAAACAGUUCCUUACAUUAGACAGUGUUUAUCCGUAGAGGAAAGUGCCGGUUUGCAGUUAGUCCCCUCCAAUCUGUCCAGUAAGUGGACAUCUGAUUUGUAAUGUAGAAGGGUUUACCGAGUUCUGUGAACUUGUCAUAUUUUUCGAAGUAAGGGAGUAAUGUCAGUGGUUACAAAUGUAUUCUCCGAGAAUCAGCAACUUCUUCGACGCCCAACCAUGAUGUGAAGAUUUUGUUGUGUUUUAAUUGAUCUAAGUUUC